UUUCCAUCAACAGCUCGGCGAGAAAGAGACUCGGGCAGAAACACACCACAAGUGACUGGAGGGGUGAAUCUCUUUCCCCCUUGGCUGGUGAGGCGAGUCAGCAGCCCAACUGGGACCUCUUCAGACUGCUCUGCCCACUCCAGAGAGACCUGGGCAAGAACCUGGCCCCACCAUGACCCAGCUGCAGUUCAAAGAUGCUUUUUGGUGUAAGGAGUUCACAGCCCACACAGGCUAUGAGACCCUUCUGCAGCGGCUGCUGGAUGGGAGAAAGAUGUGUAAGGAUGUGGAGGACCUGCUGAAGCAAAGGGCCCAAGCAGAAGAGAGAUACGGGAAAGAGCUGGUCCAGAUCGCCCGGAAAGCAGGAGGACAAAGCGAGAUCAACACACUGAAGGCCUCCUUUGAAAUCCUGAAACAACAAAUCGAGAACGUGGGAAACUCUCACAUCCAGCUCGCUGUCAUGCUGAAGGAUGAACUCAAGAGCAUCGAAGAGUUUCGAGAAAGGCAGAAGGAGCAGAGGAAAAAGUACGAGAUAGCCAUGGACCGAGUCCAAAAAAUCAAGCUGUCCCUCUACAAGAAGACAAUGGAGUCCAAGAAGACCUAUGACCAGAAAUGCAAGGACUCGGACGAGGCUGAGCAGGCCUUCGAGCGCAUCAGCUCUCAGGGCAACCAGAAACAGAUGGAAAAGAGUCAGAACAAAGUGAAGCAAUGCAAGGAUGCCGCCAAUGAAGCAGAGCGGAUGUACAAACAAAACGUUAACCAGCUGGAGAAGGCCAGGUGUGACUGGGAGCAGGAACACCAGCAGACCUGUGAGGCCUUUCAACUCCAGGAGUUUGACCGCCUCACCAUUCUCCGGAACUCCCUCUGGGUCCACUGUAACCAGCUCUCCAUGCAGUGCGUCAAAGAUGACGAGUUCUACGAAGAGGUCCGGAUCAGUCUGGAGGCCUGCAGUGUGGAGGCCGACAUAGACGUCUUUAUCCAGAGCAGAAUGACGGGCACGGAACGGCCGGAGGCCAUUGUUUAUGAGAACUACUAUGAGCGAAACCCCAACGGAGGCUCCCACAGUCCCAGCCUUUACCCUGCUUGCGGUAUGAUUAAGAGGUUCUCAGGGUUGUUACAGGGGAGUCCCAAAAACACCACCGAGAACGUCGUUCCCUCCGCACCUCCUGCAGGCCUCAUCUCUGCCCCUCUGCAGAAGAAUGACAUUGUCUACGCGGACAUUGUGCAAACUAGAUUAGCCCCAGAAACCUUGGCCCAGGACUACAGGGUGCUCUAUGACUAUACAGCUCAGAAUGCUGAUGAGCUGGACAUCACUGCUGGAGACAUCCUGGCGGUCAUCCUGGAGGGAGAGGAUGGCUGGUGGACGGUGGAGAGGAAUGGGCAGAGGGGCUUUGUGCCAGGCUCCUACCUGGAGAAGCUCUGAAGGAGCAGCCUGCCUUGGCCCCCCUCCCCACUGCCCUGGGAGAUAUGUCCCCCUACCCUGCCUGACUCCGCUUCUGGGGCAGUUCAUGUGGCCUUGGCUGCUUGCAAGAGGCCCUGCCUGGGGAGGUGGGAAGUCAGCCCUGUGUGAUGGGGAGAGCAGCGAUCCAGAAUCAGGAGACACUUGGGUGCUAGUCCCAAUUCUGCCUUAAUUCAAUGUGUGCAAGCUUCUCAGACUCAGUUUCCCCAUCAUGAAAUUAAAGAGUUAGAUUAGAUGAUUUCUGAGUUCCCUCCCAGCUCUGACAUUCUGUGUUUCAAAGUCCUUUCCAACUCUGCCAUUCUCUGUACCAAGGUCUCUCCCAGAUCUAACAUUCUCUGUUCUAAGGUCUCUCUGAACUCUGA